UGCUGGACUAUGACCCUUGUCAUAGUUGGCGUACAGAGAUGGCCAAUCUACUGGCAUAAUGGACAAUGUCCAUUUAUAUUUUCUUCAAGACCUCAUCCUGCCUCAAUACGUAUAAAUGCAAAACACAGUUCCGAAAAGCUAUCCCCAAAUAUUGGAAAAAUAAAUCACGUUGAAUCGGCCAAUGCUUCUUCCCACAAAAAUAACGAACCUAUAAUACUUGAUCUUAUCAACAAAAAUCGGCCUACAGUUGAUAGUUUAUCCCUUGAUAGUAGUGCUAGUAAUGAUAAUUUUAUAUUAUCAUCACUAAAUGCACAAUUGAGAACGGGAUUGGUCGAUCUAUGCCUUAAUACAACAAGACAAUAUCUUAAUCUGAUUCAGAAAGAGCACACAAAGAUGGGGGUGAGUAGCCUUCUGGCUAAGAGUUUAGGUAAAGGCCCAUGGCAUGCACGGUGUAUUCGUGCCUGGGCAAAUCAAUAG